AAGAAAUUACGACUAUAAUGCGAUAUUAGAGUUUUUAGACAAAUACCAUGACAUAAGGAUGUCGAAACGGACUCUCUUAAACCGUUUAAGAGAUUAUGGUUUGAACAGGCGAAAUCGCAACAUCGACGAAGAUCUCCUUCGCGAUCAUAUUAACAGGGAAUUGCAAGGCUCUGGUAACCUACUUGGUUACCGAGCGAUGUGGCGGAGACUUCACUUGAAAUAUGACAUUAAUGUACCAAGGUCAGCGGUAGAAGAAUUAAUGAGAGAAAUUGAUCCCGAAGGUGUCAGAAGUCGAAAAGCCCACAGGCUUAAAAGAAGAAAGUAUUCUAAUCCCGGGCCAAAUUACUGCUGGCACGUCGACGGGUACGACAAACUCAAACCUUAUGGGCUGCCUAUACACGGAUGUAUCGAUGGUUUUAGUCGACGUUUGAUAUGGCUGAAAGUGGAAAAGAGCAAUAAUGAUCCUAGAGUAAUCGCAAACUUAUUCAAAAACGCUAUCAUUGAGAUAGAAGGUUGCCCAACACUCCUGCGUACUGACCGAGGGACAGAAAAUGCAAUCGUCUCGUCAGCCCAAUGUUUAUUUAGAAGAAAUGGAACCGAUUCUCUUGCUGGUUUGAAAGCCCACCGCUUUGGCUCUUCUCAUAGCAACCAGCGCAUCGAGGCUUGGUGGGCAUUUCUAAGACGAACAUGGAGUACUUGGUGGAUGAAUUUCUUCAAAGACAUGAUACAUGAAGGCCACCUCGAUGCAAGUAAUAAAUUACAUCUUGAAUGUAUCUGGUUCUGCUUUAAGAAUCUCAUACAAAACGAAUUAAACGGCGUUAUGGAAGAGUGGAAUAAUCAUUACAUUCGUAAGUCUCGAUUUCAAACGGCCUCAGGCAUCCCAAACAAUCUCUUUUUCCUACCUGAAAGUGUCGGUGCCACAGACCGCAAACAUCCAUAUAACCGGGAAGAUAUGGAGGAAAUCAAUAAUGAACUCCGUAUACCUGCAGAGAAUGAUGAUUCCUUGAUUUAUCAGGAAUAUUUUUCUUAUGUCAGUCAAAUUAUUAGACUUGGUGAACCAAGUUCUGCGAGGGAAGCACUAACUUUAUAUUGUAGACUUUUGGUUGCUGCUCAAUAAAUAGCACACCAAAUAAUAUUAUAUUAUAAUAUAUAUUAUUAUAAUAAUAUUGACAUUAUAUAUUUUCUAACAAAAACUUUUAUAUCAACUUUAAUCAAAUGUCAACUUAUUAUGCAAUGAUAAUUGUUGCUCUAUAUAAUCAUGUUACUUUUAAAUAUCAAUAAAAAGUCUUGAAAUGUAUCUGAAAAUUGAAAACUUAGACUACGUGCAAACG